AUUGAGUGCUUAACUUACAAUUUAAAUAAUUGAGUGCUCAACAAUUCUUUGUGGUGUAUGUAUAACUAUUUCAAGGAUGGGUGAAACAGGAAAGGUAGUAAACACUUAAUGAAGAAGCAUGUAAAGAGUAUAGGAGAAGGAACAAUCAAUGUUUAUAUCCCCUUUGUAUAUCUAAGUUAUGCUACAGAAUAAUCAAGUACCCUAAAAUGGAAAGAGACGAUAACAUAAGCGAAAAGAUAAUGAAUGGUACCAUCUUUCUGCCAAAGGAAUUGAUAAUUGAAAUCUUGUUGAGGUUACCAGUCAAGUCCUUAAUACGAUUCAAAUGCAUGUGCAAGUCAUGGAUUUCCCUCAUCUCUGAUCCCUACUUCGCACUAUCUCAUUUUGAAUUAACUACCCAACACACAGAGAGACUUGUGGUAUUGGUGCCUCGUACUCGUCAAUUCCUAUCCAUAGACUUUAAUGCAUCCCUUCAUGAUGAUUUUUCUUUUUCUGCAUUAAAGCUCGAGUUUUUGCCCCCAAAACCUUGUGAAACUCAAAUCCGAGGUUCUUGUCGGGGGUUUGUGCUUUUGGAUUGUUGUCAAAGUCUCUGGGUGUGGAAUCCAUCAACAGGUGAUCACAAGCAAGUAUCUCGCUCACCUAUUGCCUCAUCGGUUAUGUUUUUCAUAUUUCUAUAUGGUUUCGGGUAUGACCCAUCGACGGAUGAUUACCUCGUGGUUCAAGCAUCCUGCAACAUUUAUGGUGUAAUUCGUGUGGAGAUUUUCUCAAUUAGAACUAAUGCAUGGAAAGAAAUGGAGGGUGUUCAUUUAUCUAAAAUGAACAACUGGAAUGAUAGAAGAAACGGAUUCCUCUUAGAUGGGGCUAAUGCUAUUCAUUGGUUAACUUAUCGUUAUCAUGUUUCAAUACAUUUUAUCCUAGCUUUUGAUUUGAUUGAAAGGAAUUUUUCAGAAGUACCUCUGCCAGUUGGUUUUGAAGAGCACUAUAACUUUAAUUUUUGUGAUUUGGGGGUACUUGGAGAAUCUCUUAGUCUAUGUGUUGUGGGAUAUCACUGUCCUGCAGAAAUAUGGGUAAUGAAAGAGUACAAAGUACAAUCAUCCUGGACCAAGACUAUUGUUGUGUCUGUUGAUCACAUUCCUUCUAAAUACUUCUCCCUGGUUUGCUCUACUAAAAGUGGUGAUAUUGUUGGGAUAGCUGGCACUGCUGGAUUGGUGAAAUGUAAUGACCAGGGACAACUACAAGAGCUUCAACACCAUUGUGAUCCUCCAAAUGGAUCUCAAGUGGUUGUGUAUACAAAGUCUCUUCUUUCACUCCCUUUUGAUAAUGAGCAGGUUGAAGAUGACUAACAAUAGCAAACUGGAAGAAUUGAGUUGUGAAAGAGGAAGCUGAAGAUGAUUAGCAAUAACAAAUUGGAAGAAUUGAGUUGUGAAACAUUUUCUGAUACCUUUCCUAUCUUUUUGAUACUCAUUUUGUUUUAUGAUUUAUGAAUUGCUCUGAUAUAUUAAUAAGCAUGAAAAUGUAAUAGGCAAAACUAUG